AUGUUUGGUGCUGUGUUUCUUUCCUUAGGUGUGCUGAUGGUGCAGCUAACGGACGGGGAACUUGAUUACAUCUCUAAAGGAGAAGGGAUGCGGCUGCAAGGGGACUUCUCCAUCGCUGGACUUUUUCCUCUUCACUACACGAAUGGACAAAGUCUAGGACUGCCUGCUGUGGGUCAGUGCAACAGAGGUAGCCACAACAAACACGGAUUUCACUUGCUGCAAGCCAUGAGAUUUGCAGUGGAAGAAAUCAACAACAGCACUGGACCACAGCCUCUGUUACCGGGAGUGAAGCUGGGCUACCAGAUGUAUGAUAUCUGCUCCUUAUCUGCCAGUGUCCUGGCCACACUGGAUGUGCUGGAGCAGCACUACCAGAGCCCUUCUACAUCUGACACAGAGGGGAGCAUGGACUCAAACUACAACAGCAGUCAAAGGACUGUGGCUGUAGUUGGUCCAGACAGCAGCAGCAAAUCUUUUACCCCUGCUGCUUUACUGGGAGCUUAUCUUAUCCCACAAAUCUCUUAUGAAGCAUCAAAUGAAAUGCUGAGCAACAAGUUCCUCUAUCCAGCCUUUCUUCGCACAAUUCCCAAUGACAAGAACCAGGUGGCAGCAAUGAUCCAGCUUCUUGUUCAUUUCAACUGGACCUGGGUCGCUCUCUUGGGCAGCGACAACGCCUACGGCCUGGAGGGAAUGCAGAGCCUGUCCAAGCAUGCACCACACCACGGCAUCUGCAUUGCCUACCAAGGAGUCAUCCCCGCAUUCAGCGCUGACACAAUCCAGACCAUGAGAAACAUAGUAACAGGCUUAUUGAAAACCAAAGUCACCGCAAUCGUAGUCUUCUCCAGCAAGUCAAAACUCAAGGGCUUCAUCCCAUAUGUCAUUGAGCGAAACGUGACAGAUAAGGUGUGGAUAGGGACAGAGGACUGGUCAACGUCUUCCCUGAUAUCAGAGAUACCUGGCAUUCACACUAUUGGCACUGUGCUUGGGAUCUCUGUCAAGUAUGCAGCCAUUUCUGGUUUUGAGGAGUUUGAGAGAAAGUUUUUUGAGGCUUCAAUGCAAUACACCCAGGAACUUUCUAAUGUCUCACUGAGCUCUGGCAAUGGGUGUCUGCACAGCACAGACCUGUACAGUCUCGCCCGAGAGAGGUUCCCUCAGGACAGGUACGACAUUACCUCCUCCUUCAAUGUGUAUACGGCAGUGUAUGCUGUGGCUCAUGCUCUGCACAAGGCACUUGCUUGUGAUUCUGGAGAGUGCCAAAAGAGGAGAGUGGCUCCAUGGGAGCUUCUCUGGUGGCUUAAAAAGGUGCAAUUCUCUCUGAACAAUGCCUCUGUUUACUUUGAUGCAAACGGUGACCCACCAACAGGAUAUGACAUCAUUUCCUGGAUUUGGAGCGGUACCAAAUGGUCUGUCAGAAGGGUGGGCACCUUUAGUCCCGACCCCAUUUCGCUUACAGUUGAUGCUGAUCAGAUUGAGUGGUAUUUCAAAGGAGACUCAGGAGAGGUGCCACUGUCCAUCUGUUCUCCGCCUUGCCCGAAAGGCCACAAGAAACUGCUGACAGGGCAACACACAUGCUGCUUCGACUGCCAGGCUUGUCCCUCUGCCACCUUCCUAAACACAAGUGACCCCACUAACUGCCAGGAGUGUCUGCCUCAGCAGUGGUCUCCCCCGAAGAGCGAGCAGUGUCUCAACAGGACCAUCCUGCUGCUGGCCUGGGACGACCCCCUCUCCAUCGCACUGCUCUUCUUCAUGACCUCCUGUCUACUCAUGACCACCAGCUCUGCACUAAUCCUCCUGCUCAACCUGAACACUCCAGUGGCAAAGUCUGCUGGAGGCCGCACCUGCCUCCUGAUGCUGGCAGCUCUGACUGCUGCCGCCAUGAGCUCUUUGUGCCACUUUGGCCCGCCAUCCCCUCUGGCCUGCAUCCUCAAGCAGCCUCUAUUCAUUGUCAGCUUCACUGUGUGCCUGGCUUGCAUCACUGUGCGCUCCCUUCAGGUCGUCUGCAUUUUUAAAUUUGCAUCCAGGCUGCCACCGGCCUAUGACAAGUGGGCCAAGAAACAUGGGCCAGAGUUUACCAUUUUCCUGGUGUCCAUCAUUGUGUUGCUUAUUUCUGUGCUCCGUGUGUCUGUCAACCCUCCUCGUCCCGACCAGGACCUUAACUUCUAUAAGGAUAGCAUUGUGCUGGAGUGCAGUAACACCCUCUCACCCGGUGCAGGCCUGGAACUUGGUUAUGUAUCAAUGCUCAGCGUCCUCUGCUUCUGUUUUAGCUACUUGGGCAAAGACCUGCCAGCUAACUACAAUGAGGCCAAGUGUGUGACCUUCAGCCUGAUGGUGUACAUGAUCUCCUGGAUGAGCUUCUUCACUGUCUACCUCAUCAGUCGGGGCCCCUUCACCAUGGCUGCACAGGUGUUUGCCACACUCUUCAGCGUCCUGGCCUUCUUUGGGGGCUACUUCCUGCCUAAAAUUUAUAUCAUUGUCCUUAAACCCCAGAUGAACACGACUGCCCACUUCCAGAACUGUAUUCAGAUGUAUACGAUGAGCAAACAAUAGGCCUUUAAAUAUUUUUAAGCUAGAUUUCACACCUUUCGAUACAGACUCUUAAUUUAAAGCUCAUUUUAAACUUCUGUUGGGCUGCUACUCCUUAUGAAGACGUACAAUUAAAGUGCCCUCUUGCAGCUGUAGUAGGUGGAACUGUGAAACUAAUGCUGUAUGUAAAAUUUGCACUUGUUUCAGUGGAAUAAAUGCAAGAAUUAAAGAACC